AUGACUUGGAAAGUUGGAGUGCAAGCAGAGGAUCCUUUGGGCGGAGAAAAACACGAAACUUGUCCGGACGAGAUGGAAGCACUACUACGAGGACCAUCGAGCCCACCACCCCCAACCAGGAAAGCGCACCCAAACAACUCAGAGGAGAACUCGAUCGACGACGAAAAGGAACAACAACAGCAGAAACAGGCGCAGAAACAACCAACUCUGGCGAACGAAGACACCAUUGAUAACCAUCCUAGCACCACCAAUCGGCUCCCUUCAGCUGGAUUGAAGGAACUCCCAGCUCGCUUCGAACGAUGUGAGAUCGACGACCUGAUCGAGUUAAUCGGUAUGUCCUCCUUUUCUUGCCUGUUUUCCAAGCUGUUAGAAUCACCCCACUUUCACAUUCUGGGCCGAAGAGAUCUUCCCGGCAAAGCGUCAAAGAUUGAAGAAUAUCUAGUGAUCGGGGAUCAGGACGCGUUAAAUGACUUGCUUCUUUCUAUCGAUAAGAGAAACAAAGCAAUCGAAUCCAUAACUGACUAG